CUUCUGCUAUGCCAUCAGCUAGUUGUAGUCAAAGUCAAACAGGAGGCUAUGAGCAAGGUCCUCACCAGGGUGGUGACAAGAAAGUAGUCAGACUCCUCAAUGAGACUAGUCCUCCGGUUGAGGAGACCAAAGGCAAAGAAGCGACUUUUAUCGACGUCUAUCAGACACCCGAAGAACGGGAGAAGGAGAUCCAGAAAGUAUCUUUGAAAAAGACUUUGUUUGGAGGCAGCUCUGCUUCUGCAGCCUCUUCUGGUGCUGGAGCAUCAAGUUCUUCAUCCAGUCACAACAACCCCUUCGCUGGGAAGAGUACAACUUCUUCAAGUUCAACUAGUGUCCUCGACAACAUGUUAAAACAAAAUCCGGCUUCUUCUAAUGCUGCGACUCCUUCGGGUGCUUCAGCUUCUGACAGCAACAAUAUCACGGCUAAUGCAGCAGAAGAAGCUACUACAAUAGAAGAGGGACUAGAAGUAGCUCCUGAGGACGCAGCUUCCACCACCUCGAUAGGAGGUCAAACAACCGGUAGCUCUAUGAGCGCCAAGAGGAGACGCAAGCUCGAAAUGCUGGAGGCUGAGAUGUUUUACCCUAAUGGUGUCCGCAAAAUGGCUCCAUCUACCAUGCAUCGCGAAGAUAUCUACAAGCAUGGUCACACGAGCGUAUUCGGCAGUUUCUACAACGACGGCAAGUGGGGAUUUGCUUGUUGCCAGCUUGUGGGAAAUCCGAGGGUGCGUUGCCCUCAUGCGGUAGAUCCUGUGGCGGCGAAGAAGGGAAAGAAGUGAUUGUGCUACAUCCACCACUAGCACUACCCACGUGUUCAAGCCCUUCUAGUAAAGUCACAACAUCUAGUAUUCUUGAUGUUGUGGCCGCGAUGGCGGUCGGCUGCAUAGCCACAGAAAUACAGCAGCACAACCAUCGCGGCUGCAUAGCCACAGAAAUACAGCAGCACAACAUCUGUUUCACUCCUCCAAAUAAACCCCCGCAUCCUUUUCCGAAAGGAAGAAGUUCCACAAAAGCAUGAUCGUGCUUUCAUGAGAAAUACGGACCACCCACAUUUGACGGCCUGUAGAAGUUUUCCCUCCAACAUUUUGACGAUGACGCUCGACGUUUCGGAAAUGUGAACCCCAAGCUACCCUCCUCCAAAAAACAUGUCUAAGCUUGCAGCGAACCAUCUUCACGCCCAUAUUAACUCAUA